GCAGUUAAGUUAACGUUAGCUAUGUUUUUCAAACGUAUUUAAGCGAUUUCGAAACAUUUCCGAUUCCCAUUUAUUCCAUGUACCUAGCUAUAUAUGCGUGUUAUUAAGCCAUUGAUGCUUGAUUAUCAUAGGUACCGUUACUAUGUACUGGUGUUUGGCGAAUUGUGAAUGACGACCUAACUAAGCAAACUUUGAGAUUAACGUUAAUUACCUUAGUUAAUAAACUAACCUACAAUACUCUAGCUAGGUACAUAGCAACGAGAUGCUUCAUACCGACCUAAGAUGGCAAGGGUAUGAGACUUCGAGGACUGGAUUCUGAAGAAUUUUGCAACCAUGAGAUUAAAAACAUCUCUCCUGAAGGAGCCUAAACAUAAAGAGCUGGUGAGCUGUGUGGGUUGGACCACAGCCGACGAGCUAUACUCCUGCAGUGAUGACCACCAGAUCUUCAGGUGGAAUCUGCUGACCAGUGAGACCACGCUGGCCAUUAAGCUGCAAGAGGACAUUUACCCCAUCGAUCUGCACUGGUUCCCCAAAGUGGUGGGGGGGAAGAAGCAGGCACUGGCUGAGAUCUUCGUGCUCACCAGCACUGACGGUAAGUUCCACCUCAUCUCAAAGACGGGCCGGAUUGAGAAGAGCGUGGAGGCCCACCGCGGUGCCGUCCUGGCUGGGCGCUGGAACUAUGACGGGACAGCUCUCAUUACAGCUGGUGAGGAUGGACAGAUUAAGAUCUGGUCAAAGAGCGGCAUGUUAAGGUCCACGUUGGCCCAACAAGCAUCCCCGGUGUACUCUGUGGCAUGGGGACCUGAUUCCGACAGGAUCCUUUACACAUCGGGCAAACAGCUCAUGAUCAAACCCCUGCAGCCCAGCGCCAAAGUCCUGCAGUGGAAGGCCCACGAAGGGGUCAUUCUUAAGGUGGACUGGAACUCUGUCAACGACCUGAUACUGUCAGGUGGAGAGGACUGCAAAUACAAGGUGUGGGACAGCUAUGGCCGUCUCCUGUAUGCGUCCUCCUCGCACGACUACCCCAUCACCUCUGUGGCCUGGGCUCCCGACGGGGAGGUGUUCGCCGUGGGCUCCUUCAACACCCUGCGCCUGUGUGACAAGACUGGGUGGUCCUACGCCCUUGAGAAGCCCAACACGGGCAGCGUCUUCAGCCUGGCGUGGUCGGCGGACGGGACGCAGCUGGCCGGCGCCUGCGGGAACGGACACGUCAUCUUUGCGCACGUGGUGGAGCAGCGCUGGGAGUGGAAGAGCUUUGAGAUCACGCUGACCAAGAGGAGGACCAUGCAGGUGCGGAAUGUCAUGAACGAUGCAGUGGACGCUCUGGAGUUCCGAGAUCGUGUCAUCAAGGCCUCGCUGUCACAUGGUCAUCUGGUAGUCACCACCUCCCUGCAGUGCUACGUCUACAGCGCAAAGAAUUGGAACACGCCACUGAUUUUCGACCUUAAAGAAGGUUCGGUGAGCUUGAUCCUGCAGGCAGAGAGACACUUCCUGUUGGUGGACGGUGCAGGUAUAUAUGUGUACUCCUAUGAAGGACGGCUCGUGUCCACCCCCAAGUUUCCUGGGAUGCGGACGGACAUCUUGAACACACAGACUGUCUCUCUCAGCAAUGACACUAUAGCGAUCCGGGAUAAAACUGAUGAGAAAGUCAUUUUCCUGUUUGAAGCCCUCACUGGGAAAGCCCUUGGUGAUGGCAAGCCCUUGACUCACAAGAUGGAGGUGGUGGAGAUCGCCCUGGACCAGUGUGGGAUGGCGGCUGACAGGAAGAUCGCUUUGAUUGACAAGAACCGCGACCUCUACCUGACCUCCGUUCGACGCUUUGGCCGCGACCACAAAAUCAACAAGAUAGGCACCAUGGUGCACACGAUGGCCUGGAACGACUCUGCCAACAUCUUGUGUGGGAUCCAGGAUGUCCAGUUCACUGUGUGGUACUACCCCAAUGCUGUCUUUGUGGACCGGGACCUGCUGCCCAAAACCCUGUUUAUGAAGGACGCCAGUGAAUUCAGCCGCACGCCUCACAUCCUGAACUACGUGGGCACCCAGGUGACGGUGCGUCGAGCAGACGGGUCGCUGGUAUACAGCAGCGUCUCGCCCUACCCCGCCCUCCUGCACGAAUACACAGCCUCCGCCCGCUGGGACGACGCCCUGCGCCUCUGCCGAUUCGCCAAGGAUCAGACGCUCUGGGCUUGCCUGGCUGCCAUGGCGAUCGCCAGCAGAGAGCUGACCACGGCAGAGGUUGCCUAUGCGGCCAUUGGAGAGGUGGAUAAGGUGCAGUACAUCAACUCUAUUAAGGACCUCCCAUCCAAGGAGUCGUCUCUCGCGCACAUCCUGCUCUUCAGUGGCCAAGUGCAGGAGGCGGAGUCCACACUACUACAGGCCGGACUCAUAUACCAAGCCAUUCAAAUCAAUAUUAACCUCUACAACUGGGACAGGGCUUUGGAGCUGGCAGUGAAACAUAAGACCCAUGUGGACACUGUGCUAGCUCACAGGCAGAAGUUCCUGCAGGACUUCGGCAAGAAAGAGACCAACAAAAGGUUCCUGCAGUACUCCGAAGGGGUGGAGGUGGAUUGGGAGAAGAUACAGGCCAAGAUUGAGAUGGAGCUGGCCAAGGAGCGGGAGCGGGCAGCCACCUCGUCUGUCAGGAGCAGCGUGGCGUCUCGGCGGUAAAGCGCACCCUUUUCCCAUUCCACACAGCAGAUCCUGGAGCUCCCAUCUUCACCUGCACAUGUCAGCCAGGACUCCCGCGCAGGGACUCCCUCUCUCACCAUGGGGUCCAUGUAUGGGAGUCCCAUACACUCAUAUCCGUGUGAGUUCCAGCUAUGAGGGCAUCUGUAUGGGGCUGUCCCAUACAAGGCUCACAGCACGGCUUUCAAAAUGGAGGUAUACAGCGCUUGACGGUUUUCCCUCCUGGUUACUGAAUUUAACAUCAAUAACAGUAAAAUACAGGAUAUUCACAACAUGCUUGUGUAAUUGCAUGUAGGAACUUUCCAACAACCUCUGAAUCCACAAAGAUAUGAAAUGCAGCUAAAUGAAAAUCUGAAUUAAAUUGCAGGGGAAUCAGUGGUCAGGAAAACAUGCUUACCCUUACAGCUCGUGACAUGGUUUGAGACUAUAUUUAUUCUAGUCUGUUUUGUAGUUCUUUCAGUUUGUGCAUAGUGUUCUUCUGUCUGAUAUUUAUGUUAACCAGGUACAUACAUUUAUUAAUAUUUCUGG